CACAAGGAAAUCUGUGUCUGUCUUUGCAUCUGGUUAGUUGAAACCCAGUAGGUUGAAAUUUUUAUAAAUCUUGGACUUUAGGGAAAUGGCGGCCACCCCAAUGUUGCCACCGAAUCUAGGACCCGGGGCUGAUGGAAAUGCUGCAGCAGCUCCACCGCCACCAGGAACUGACAUGACUGGAAUAUGCUUCAGAGAUCAGUUGUGGUUGAAUACGUACCCACUGGACCGUAAUCUUGUAUUUGAUUAUUUUGCGCUUUCUCCUUUCUACGAUUACACUUGCAACAAUGAACAACUUCGGAUGCGCUCAAUUCAUCCGUUAGAUACUUCUCAUCUUUCUAAAAUGACAGGUAUAGAGUUCAUGGUGAGCGAAGUUAUGGAACCCCACCUGUUUGUAAUUCGUAAACAGAAGAGGGAUAGCCCUGAGAAAGUCACUCCAAUGUUUACCUACUAUGUGCUUGAUGGUUCUAUAUACCAAGCGCCACAACUUUGCAAUGUCUUUGCAGCUCGGGUUGGACGAGCAUUGUAUCAUAUAUCAAAGGCAUUUAUUACUGCUGCUUCAAAGUUGGAGAAGGUUGGGUAUGUGGACUCGGAGAAUGAGGGUGCAUCUGUUGAACCAAAAGCUGCCAAGGAGACUAUUGACUUUAAGGAGGUUAAGCGAGUAGAUCACAUUCUUGCCUCGUUGCAACGCAAGCUUCCACCUGCACCUCAACCUCCCCCAUUUCCAGAGGGUUAUACACCGCCAUCAAGUGCAGAAGGGGAGCAAGGCCCUGAAGCUGGGCAAACCGACCCCAAACUUCCUCUGGUUGAUCCCAUCCUUGAUCAAGGUCCAUCUAAAAGAAUGAAAUAUACUUAAUUGAUAUCUCAUACAUGAUGGUCCCAUUUCUAACAUGUAUCUCUAAUUGCAUUUAGUCCGUCAGAUCUCAUCUUAAUUUGAGUGCAGUUACGAACUACGAGUUUUUGUGAUAUAUAUAUGGUCAGCUGGUUAAUAGUUGCUAAA